CAUUAAAAAUGUAAUUUUAAGACAAAAACCAGUAUUUAAAUGGAGAAGAUUUAGUGAUUUGCAGUUUUAAAUCAAUUAGUGAGUGGAACAACAGAAAAAUAGUGUUUUGAAACCGGAAUUACAAGUUUAAUAUGACGAUUCUCUGAAAUUUACUUUCAAAUGAGCUUAGAAGCGUGUAAAUGAAGGACAAAAGACGUUUUAAUUGCAAUGAAUGUAAUCUGGUGGCUGAUAAUAUGCUUGGAGAUAACACUGAAUGCGAGUCCUAUAAUUAAUGUCAUAAGCGUCGUUACAGCAUGCCCAACUGAAUGCAUCUGUUUGUCACAAACUCAGGUUUUGUGCAAUACAGGUGGCCUUAAUGAGAUUCCCGUCAAACAAUUUCCGCCAACCGUCGAGCAUUUGUCAUUGACAAAAAACAAUUUUCCAAUAAUCAAAUCGGAUGCAUUCGGUGGACUGAGAGCAUUAAAGAAGCUUGUAUUAGAUGGAAAUAAUGUGUCGACGAUAAAGCCAUUUGCAUUUCGUGGUUUACCGCGUCUGAAAGAGUUAUCAAUACAAUACACGCCAUUAUCGACAGUUGCACGUUUUGCCUUUGCGGGUUUACAGAACAUAUCGACCAUCCUAUUAGGACAUAAUAAAAUUUUACGCGUUGAGGGUUAUGCCUUUGCCGGAACUGCCAAUGUAAAAAUGAUUCUAUUAAUUAACAAUCCUAUGGUAAAACUUGAAACGAAUGCUUUUUCGAGCUUAACAAAUGUUGAACGUCUUAUAUUGCCGAGUGGUCUACGACAAAUUGAACCUGAUGCCUUUUCCGGUUUAGAUACAGUUGGAUUGCUCAAAUUAUCAUUCAUGGAUCUCGAUUCACUACAGUCAUAUACAUUUAGGAAUUUACGUAAUGUAAAAGUAUUAUUACUACAAGAAUCGGAUUUGGGUAUCGUUACUGAAAACUCAUUCGAUGGACUUACAAAUGUCGAAUCAUUGAACAUACUCAACAAUAAAAUCGAUGCGAUACUCGAGCUCAACUUGACCGAAGCACAUAAUAUAAAACAAUUGAAAAUAUACGGUAAUCAUUUACUUGAGACACCUGAGCCUGGCACAAUUGUAUUGGAAGGUAUCGAGACAAUCAUUGUCCAAAAUAAUCAUUUUCCAUGUGGAUGUCAUAUACAUACAUUACUUGAGAGCCCUUUAGUCAAUACAACGUCCUAUGAUUAUCAUGAAUUUCUUACGAAAAACUUUUGUAUUUCACCGCUCGAACUCUACGGUCUACAAAUGAGUCGAAUUGAUUUAUCGUCAAUUGGAAAGUGUCACGAGCAAGUGAUGCGAGAGAAUUUAGAGUCGUCGUCAGCGAAUAGCAUAAUGGCAUAUAAAAUGAAAAAUGUCAAUUUUAAUCAAAAUACUGGAUUAAUUAGUUAUAUUUUAAUACUUUUUGCCAUCAAUUAUUCAUACUUAAAGUAUUUCCUGCUAACAUGUCGGUGA